GUGCUGUAGGAUGCGGCAGUGAACUUGAUAGAUAUUCAGUUGUAAAUUCACUCCUCCCGUCAGCCUUCAACCUCAUCGAAACAAUCAUUAGCAGCUUGCUCGUUCUGUGCUCCCCAUUUGAUCCAUUUCUGCUCGUUAUUCCGACCAUUCGUCAACAUGAGUCCUCACACUGCCGCUCACGCCAAUCCUCAAGGCGUGGGAGAUUCCCGGCCAAGCGCCCUCCAAAUCGUCCGCGAUGAAUCACUCGAAGGCAAACUUGUUGGCAAAGUGAUAGUCAUCACCGGUGCAACUGCCGGAAUUGGUAUUGAGACUGCACGAGCACUGUCCGCUACAGGCGCCACCUUGAUCUUAACGGCCCGGGAUAUGAAGAAGGCCGAGACUGUUCUUGGGGGGAUCCUAGAACCAGGUCGUUUCUCGCUGAUCGAGAUGGACAACGCCUCCUUCGCUAGCAUUCGAGCCGCAGCAGCAACCAUCCUCGCGAAAUCGAAUAAUCAAGUCAAUAUCCUCGUCAACAACGCGGGCGUUAUGGGAAUCGAGGAGCUCAAGCUCACCGAGGACGACCACGAGAUGCACUUUGCUACCAACCACCUCGGUCAUUUCCUCCUCUUCCAACUCCUCAAGCCCGCCUUGCUUGCCAGCUCCACUCCCGAUUUUCACUCCAGAGUCGUCGCCGUCACGUCUUCAGCCCAUCGCGCGUGCGACCUCAACGAGAGUGACAACUACAACUUCCAGAAGGGAGGAUAUCAUUAUGGGCUUGCGUAUGCAACCUCGAAGCUUGCAAAUGUCUACAUGGCCAACGAAUUGGAUCGUCGCUACGGUCACAAAGGACUGCAUGCGACAAGUCUCCAUCCUGGCGCAAUCAACACGGAGCUGUCCAGACACAUGAGUAGAGAAGUCGUGGAGCAGAUUUUGAGCAACGAGAAGGUUCGCAAGAUUAUGAAGACGCCGGAGCAGGGAGCUGCGACGACUGUCCUUGCUGCAAUUGGGGCAGAAUGGGAGGACAAAGGAGGAAAGUAUCUGGAGGACUGUGCAGAAGCAAAACGUGGUGAGGACGACAAUGAGGUCUUUGGGGUUGGAUAUGUUCGCCAAACUUAUGAUCCGAAGAAUGAGGAUAGGCUAUGGAAAGACUCGCUGAAGAUUGUGGGAAUAAACGACGAUGUGUAGCACAGUUAUAGUGUAGAGCAUUGAAGCAUAGCCGACCGAGCUCGUUAUAGACUGGUUACACUGCUCUCCCACUACUUACGGUGCUUGAAAUUGACCACCCUAGCAGAGCACUCUAGUUCUGCACAUCAAAAAGAGUACAGGUGACCUGCCGCUGCGUCUCUACAAACCCAAGUUUGUGUCAGUGGAACAACUGAGUACUCG